AUGUCCCUGGCGGUGGAUGUUCCUGGUGUGGGAUCUCUCAGUCUUCCGUGGCAUGUCGGGCUUACCACUGAUGACGUGAUUCGCUUCGCCCUCACCCGGGUGUCGCAGCGCUGGCAUGGAAACAAGCUCCUCACAAGUGGGCUGCAGCAGCUCGGGUCCAACGAAGUCAUAACCCAGCAGACUGCACUGAGCGGCGUCGUCUUGGUCAACUAUUCCGAGAUCAGCGCGGAGGAGGCGUGCUACAUCGCGCACACGGCCGAGCGAGGCAUCAGCUUGGAGCAGUUGCAGCGGCUUGUGAGGUUCAUCUCAAAGAUGGCGGACCGAUGGUUCGAGACAUACGGUGCCAAUGCAGGCAGCAGAUUGACAUUCGGCACCUUCAACCUGUACCAUGCGAAUCACUGGAUCAUCAAGCCAGCCACGCAAGGCUAUCACGAGCAGAACGGAUGCAGCUUGGUGGAGGUGAUGGCACUGGAUCCUCAUGCGCAGAAGCCACGGUGGUUCGUGUCCCAUGCUUGGAUAGCCACCCGCCAAAUCUUUAGAUACCGGCGCCCCUUGCGCCAUGAUGUUUUCGUGUUUGUGACAGUCAGUGAGGAGCCCGUCAGCGAGUUUCUCGCAUGCCUGGGGCAGCAUGCCCGUGUGAGAGAUCUGCCUGGCAGCACCCCCUACUGGGUUUGCGCGUACGCGAACAACCAGCAUCGUGUGGAAGACGAUAUCCAGUGCAAUCCUCGAAGCACUUCUUUCUACAAAGCCAUGCAGAUGUGUGAGGGGGUUCUCCUGGUGCUUGACUCAGCUGGAACGCCCUUUGAGCGCAUCUGGUGCUGCUUCGAGGCCAUCGAGCGUCGAGAGGACGAUUGGUCAGCGCGCCGCUUGCUCUUGGACGUUGGUGCCACGGACGCGCAGGGCCAAGCUCACGUCCUCACUGAUGGCCUGGCGGGCGCGGAGACGCGGAUGAUCGGCAUCGUCGGCUUGCACAGGAAGUCGGUGCGCGAGCGCCCUUUCCCCCUGGUGCUCCUGGAGCGAGGUCUGAGCGUGAAGAUCCAAGCAGCUCGGCGGUGGUUAGAAGAUGUUGGAAGAUGUUCUUCUUGCUCCUUUGCUUCUUCUUGCCUCCUUGCACAUUCCUUGGCAUUACGUUGA